AUGUCGGUUGGAGGUGCUUUGCUGGCCUACCUGAACAACGGAGUGGACGCUUCAGAGGGCUGGCUAGUCGGUGUCGCCUUCGGCGUGCUCUAUCUCCUCAUCUUGCAGCAGGAUGUGGCGAAGUUGUCCACGGAGUGGAACCCCUUCAACGUUGGAAAUCCACUGCGGAUCCUGCGCUUCUUGCUACCAUUUGGGCUGGUGCUAGCCCUUGGUCUGCAGUACGCCUCAACAGUUGGAUUCGAGGUGUGGCUGGACCGCCUGUCCUGGGAGCCUGGUGUCAACUUCACAGGCGUGGUCGCAUCGCGCUCUUCGCUCUUCGCAGCGCUGGUAGGCUAUGUGGUCUCCUCAGCGGUGCUUCCCGUGCGUGGCCUGAUCGAGACGCUACCGGAGGCGCGGACCUUGGUCAAGGCUGUGCCGGGCUCGCUGGGCGUGGCACUGAAGUUGGCAGACCAGGUGCCGAGCAAGGAGGCACCAGCAGCUGUCAAAGAGCCCGUCGAGGUGGUGCCAGUCCUGCUCAUUACGGGGCCUCGCGGUUGCGGGAAGUCCACCCUGGCACAGCGGCUGAGGCACCAGGAUGCACGCUUCCAGGAGCCCGAGUGGGUGUCCACUGGGCGCUGUGCUUCCACAGGCAGUGCGGAGCAGCGCAUACUAAGUAAGGAGGAGUUCGAGUCCCUGUCCAAAACCGGCUCGCUCGCAGUCUCUUACAGCCCCAGCGGAGAGGAUUUGGAGGAGGUUGAUGUGGGCCUGCCUGCAAUGUCUGUGCUCGCCUCCGUGCAGGAGUUUGGAGCCUGCAUCUUGGACGUUGAUCCCCCGACUGCUCGCAACAUCCUCUCGUAUGACUGGGCCCGAGCGCUCAAGGCUGCCUACCCCAGCAAGAAGGUCGAGCUUCGGCUGGUUACCGUGUGGGUUUCAAUGAAGAAUUUGGACGAUAUCCUGGAUCGAAAUCAGCGCCGCUGGGAGGCUCAGGGCUUGCUUGACUCGGUUGUGCGCCAGCAGCUGGGGCCAUUGCGUGCACAGGUCACCUCAGAUAUGGAGUGGGCUCUCACAAGCGGCAAGAUCGACUUCACUGUGAUCAAUGAGGAUGCGGAUGCAAGUAUGAAAGAGAUCGUGAAAGCAUCAGAGUAUUGCUUCGAAGACCCCUUCUGA